AUGAAGUUGACAAUGAUUGCUCGUGUUACUGAUGGUCUUUUACUGGCAGAAGGACUGGAUAAUAUAAAAGACUCGCAUGUAUUCUAUAAACAAGCCAAGGAUCUAUUCAAUAACUUGUCAAGAGGCCAAAACAAGCCUUCAAGGAUGUCACUUGAAACCGGACCUAAUACUUUUCAUUACAUAAUCGAAGGUCGUGUCUGUUACUUGACAAUGUGUAACAGUGCAUAUCCAAGCAAAUUUGCCUUUCGGUAUCUGGAAGAGCUCAAGAACGAAUUCGAGCGUCUUAAUGGAGACGGAAUCCACACGGCUGCAAGACCAUACGCUUUCCUUAACUUCGAUAAAUUCAUACAGAAGACCAAGAAGUUGUAUCAGGACACUCGUACGCUACACAACAUUUCAAUGUUGAAUGAUGAAGUCUCUGAAGUCUACCAAACAAUGAAAAGAAAUGUUCUACAAGUUCUAGUCGUCGGUGAUAACAUGGACAAGCUCAGUGAAAAAACCAAUUGCUUGGUAUCAGAAACUCGUGCAUAUGCCAAGAAAGGGAGAGACUUGAAUCGACAGGCUCUGCUUCGUGAAUGGGCUCCUGCUGCUGUCAUUGUUCUUGGAGUAGUUUUCCUCCUUUUCUGGCUCCAAACGAAGAUUUACUAA